UAUGGCGUUCGGGUUCUCAACGUGUCAACAUAGAGACAUCAUAACACAUUACUGGCAACACUGGUUAUUUUGAUGUCAUAAUUGUCAACCAGGCCAUAAAAAAAAAUAAUUCAUAAAUGUCAUUAUGGCGGCAUUUCAAAUUUAAUUUUACUUCAAUUUUACAAUCUUUUGUCUUUUUAUUUUAUAAUCAUAUUUUUUUUAUUUUAUAAGUAAUCUUAUGUAGGUAUGAAUCACACUCAUUUGUAACUCGUUGCUGUAAAACAGUGAAAUGGUUGGCAAAAGCCGAUAUUGUGAGAUUUGUGGAGUGAGAGAACGUCUCCGGGGAGGAUUCUUUGCUUGCUUUCCUAAAGAUGAACAGCGGUGUAAAACUUGGGUUAGACAAGUAGGAAAAGAAGAUCUUGUUCAUAUACCGAUAGAGAAACUACAUGAAGUUCGUCAUAUUUGUGGUGAUCAUUUUGCACAGAGAGACUUUGGCAAGACAGGAAAAAGACUAAAGAAGAGAGCCUAUCCGAAGUUACAUCUUUCAGCACCUCCGCUAACAGAAAUCCAGUUAAUACCAUUCCCUCAACAUAUUGCAAGCAAACAAGUUUCAGAUGCUGUACAUCGACUUGAUCAAGAGGAACCUACGCACACUGGAACUUUAAAUGUUUCAGAUGCUGUCCACCGACUUGAUCAAGAGGAACCUAAUACGCACACUGGAACUUUAAAUGCUCCAGUAGCCGCGAAAUGCCACCGGCUUACAGACGAACUGCCUGGGCCUAGUAGGUCUUCAAUAGUUCCUGAAAUACAAAAAAGAAAACAACCUUAUCGAAACACCGCUGACCCAAUACCCGCCAAGCGUCCCCGUUUGGUGAACAAGUUGCCUGGAUCCAGUGUGACUUCUGAAGAUCGAAAAUCAAAGCAAACAAAUUCAGAGACAGAUUGCGACACGAGAGUUAAGGAAUUACUGAAGGAAUUAAAGAAAGCUAAAUCUAGCAUACGAUCACUCAAUAAAAACGCAAAGUUGAUAAAAAACUUGGAGUCGCCAUUCCUGAAAGAAAUUAUUUGGGCCAUGGUGAAAGGAGCGGCCUGCUAG